AUGUUGUUCUCAUCUGAAGGUACACUUAGUAUAGAUGUUUACUACAAAGAUACUUUUGUUCCUAAGCCUUUUAUUUACUUCUCACCUCAAAACACUUCUGUUACAAGGAUUGACUUACAAAACAUGGAGUUCAAUGACUUCAUUAUCUACCUCCGGAAUUUGAUAAAGGAUAAAUUUCAUGAAAUGUAUUAUUGUCUUCUAAAUCGGGCCAUAAUAGAUAGGUUAAGAGAGCUGAGAGACGAAGACUUUUAUGUGAGGUUUCUUGAUGUUGGAUAUAGUAAUGGUUGUAAAAUCGGUAUUUAUAUUGAUCAUUACCAUGAGACAAUUAUGGAAUGGAUUGAAGAAGAGAAAGUUGAAGAAGGGGACAGUGUUGGUGAUAUAUGUGAAGAUGAUGUGGACCUGGUCAUGUUAGAUGAUGUGUCAGUAAACCAUGAAGCUAACGAUGAGAUUAUUGAAAUUCCAAAAUAUGUUGAUCUUUUUUUGUCCCACAAAAAUCCUAUUUCAGAAGGAAGGGUAGAGGAUGAAGUUGAUGAUAAGGUGUCAUAA